AUAGAAGUUCAAAGCUUGAUCGAGCUUAAGCCAGCGCAGCAGAGAGAUCUAAAAGAUCGAGAAGAACAUGGGCAAUAGUUUAAGGUGUUGUUUGGCUUGUGUUCUUCCUUGUGGAGCUUUGGAUUUGAUCCGAAUUGUUCAUUUGAAUGGCUAUGUCGAAGAGAUUACAGGUCCUAUCACAGCCGGACAAAUCCUUAAGGCUAACCCUAAUCAUGUUCUCAGCAAACCCACCUCCCAAGGAGUUGUUCGCUGCAUUUUGAUCCUCUCGCCGGAGACUGAGCUCAAGAGAGGCAGCAUCUAUUUCUUGAUACCGUCGUCGUCGGUGCCGGAGAAGACCAAGCAGAGUGGUGGUAAAAGUGCUUCAUCUAGGAAGAGCAAGGAGCGUGCCAGCGGCGACGACGCUGAUGAUGAUUCCUCUUCACAACAAUGCAACAGAUCAUAUGGGAAAGAAGUGGCCGACGAUGUAUUAGUCUCUGCCGGCGAAAAGAAACCUUCACGUAGGGAUCGCCGGCACAGCCGUUCCGGUGUAUGGCGGCCGUAUUUAGAGAGCAUCUCCGAGGACUAGUUGUUUUGCGUUCUCCAGCUGGUGCCGGCGCCGGAAUAAUCUGCCAAGCUGGAGGAACCAAGUUAAAUUAUAUUAUAUAUUGAAAAACAGAGUCAAAUGAGCUUCUUCUUUUUCUUUUUUUCAAAAAUAUGUAUUUUGGUGUUUUAAUUUGUGGACAUAUAAAAAAGUUAUCUUGUU